GCUUAGUUACUUUGGGACAGAAGAGGGUCCCGUGAGCAUAAUGGCUGUGGGUUAAACUAAUUAAGCUUGCCUGGCAGGACCUGGGGGGAAGUGAUGAUAUAUUUCAGGGAAAGGAUAUAUGUGGUGUGUGGGUUUGAUGUGGCGUGGUGGGGAGAAAGAAGUGAAUCAGUCCCAGGAACAGCUCCUUUGUUUGGAAGACAUCAUCCAAUUGAGCCAUUGUCUGCCGAGGACAGCUGGCACCAGGACUUCAGCUGCAUUGGACCCCUCUCAGAAAUAAACAACCAGUGGACAAAACAACACAAAGAUUGUGUAUCUCAUGUGAAAAGAGAAAAAGCAUCUGCAGGAGAACAGGAAGCAAAAAAGACACUGAAGAUCCUACCAAAACAUGGAUAAGAAAAGCAAGCUGGUAACCUCCUUGCUGAGUUUGGUUUUGGGCAUGAACGUCUGUGCUGGAUUUACAACUCAUCGUUUCAGAAGAUCUGGUGAAUUUGGGGAGGAGGGUCCAGACUCAGUCUUAUCAGAUUCCCCCUGGAUCAGUACUUCUGGCUCCUGCAAAAACCGAUGCUUUGAACUCCAAGAAGCAGAGCCUCCAGGCUGCCGCUGUGACAACCUGUGCAAGAGCUACUAUAGCAGCUGUUGUGCUGACUUUGAUGAACUAUGUUUAAAGACAGCUGGUGGUUGGGAAUGUACCAAAGAGCGUUGUGGAGAGACAAGGAAUGAAGAUCAUGCUUGCCACUGUUCAGAAGACUGCUUAUCAAGAGGGGACUGCUGUAGUAACUACCAAGUUGUUUGCAAAGGAGACACUCACUGGGUCAUGGAUGAUUGUGAAGAUAUUCGAACUCCAGAAUGCCCAGCAGGUUUCCUUCACCCUCCGCUGAUCAUUUUCUCUGUGGAUGGCUUCCGUGCAUCGUACAUGAAGAAAGGUGACAAAGUGAUGCGCAAUAUUGAGAAGCUAAGAUCCUGUGGAACCCAUGCCCCCUAUAUGAGACCUGUCUAUCCGACCAAAACCUUCCCAAACUUGUACACUCUGGCAACUGGGCUCUAUCCUGAAUCUCAUGGAAUAAUUGGAAAUUCAAUGUACGACCCUGUAUUUGACGCUACUUUUAGCCUUCGAGGAAGAGAGAAAUUCAAUCACCGAUGGUGGGGAGGCCAACCGAUAUGGAUUACUGCUGCUAAGCAAGGAGUGAAAGCGGGAACAUUCUUUUGGUCUAAUGUGAUCCCUUACGAGCGCAGAAUAUUAACCAUACUGCAGUGGCUAACUAUGCCAGACAAUGAAAGGCCCUAUGCUUAUGCAUUCUACUCUGACCAACCAGAUAUUGCUGGCCACCGAUAUGGUCCAUUUAGUUCUGAGGAGAGUAGUUUUGGCUCCCCUCUUACUCCAUCUAAAAGACCUAAAAGAAAAAUCAGUCCUAAGAGGAGACAGAAAAGACGUGUUGCUCCUUCAAAGAGAAGACGAAAGGUACCUAGAAUGGAACACUCAUCUGCGGAAUCCCGUCGGAACAAAAUGUUAACUCCAUUAAGAGAUAUUGACAAGAUCCUUGGGCAACUAAUGGAUGGAUUGAAGCAGCUGAACUUACACCGAUGUGCCAACAUUAUCUUCGUGGGGGAUCAUGGAAUGGAAGAUGCUGCUUGUGAAAGAACUGAAUAUUUGAGCAACUAUUUGUCUAACAUAGAAGACAUAACGUUGAUCCCUGGAACUCUAGGGCGUAUUCGUGCCAAAGCUAAUAGCAAUGUUAAAUUUGACCCAAAAGCCAUUGUGGCCAAUCUCACAUGCAAGAAGCCAGACCAGCAUUUCAAACCUUACUUGAAGCAACAUCUUCCCAAGCGUUUACAUUAUGCAAAUAACCGAAGAAUUGAGGAUAUUCAUUUGUUGGUGGAAAGAAGAUGGCAUGUGGCCAAGAGGCCUGCAGAUCUGUUUAAGAAAAUUAGUGGAAAAUGCUAUUUUCAUGGAGAUCAUGGCUAUGACAACAAGAUCAACAGUAUGCAGACAGUUUUUCUAGGCUAUGGCCCUUCAUUUAAAUACAAGACAAAAGUACCUCCAUUUGAGAAUAUUGAACUGUACAACCUUAUGUGUGAUCUCCUUGGCUUGAAGCCUGCUCCUAAUAAUGGGUCACAUGGAAGCCUAAAUCACCUCCUGCGGAGCAGUACGUAUAGACCUAUCAUGCCUGAGGAAGUAGCGAGGCCACUCUAUCCAGUAGCUACGACACCUUCAUCUGACUAUGAUCUGGGAUGCAGUUGUGAUGAUAAGAAUAGGUUGGAUGAACUGAAUCGCCGUCCUUAUAGCAGAGGAACAGAAGCGAGAACCUACCCAGGAGGAGAAGGAUUUUAUACCAACGACCCUGAGAAUGUAUUAUCUGAGAAUGGAUGCCUCCCGUCACCAGAGAAGCACCUCCUUUAUGGCCGCCCAGCUGUUCUUUAUCGUACAAAAUACAGUAUCUUGCAUCAUCAUGACUUUGAAAGUGGCUACAGUGAGACAUUCCAGAUGCCUCUCUGGACAUCUUACACUAUUUCAAAACAGGCAGAGGUGCCUGGUGUCCCAGAGCAGUUGAUCAGUUGUGUAAGACCUGAUCUACGCAUUUCUCCAAGCAAUAGUCAGAGUUGUACCGCAUACAGAGUGGACAGACAAAUGUCUUACGGAUUCCUUUUUCCUCCCCAACUCAGUUCCUCAGCAGAAGCAAAAUAUGAUGCUUUCCUGAUAACAAAUGUCAUUCCCAUGUAUCCUGCUUUCAAAAAGGUCUGGAAUUAUUUUCAGCGGGUUUUGGUGAAGAGAUAUGCCAUUGAACGGAAUGGAGUCAAUGUGAUUAGCGGACCGAUCUUUGACUAUGACUUUGAUGGCUUGCACGAUACCCCGGACAAAAUCAAACUGUAUGUGGAAGGAAGUUCAAUCCCAGUUCCAACUCACUACUACAGUAUCAUCACAAGUUGUUUAGACUUCACUCAGCCUGCUGACAAGUGUGAUGGGCCUCUCUCUGUUUUGUCGUACAUUUUCCCCCACAGACCUGACAAUGAUGAAAGCUGCAAU